GGAAAUCUUUUCCAGCUGUGAAACUCAGGACAGAAGGUAGAGGAUCAACAUCCCGGGUUUGAGGUGUGGUGAGGGCCUGAUCUCUGUUUACUUGGCACCAUGGUGGCCCUGUCGCUGAAGAUUUGUGUCCGCCAGUGCAAUGUCGUCAAGACGAUGCAGUUCGAGCCCUCCACUGUGGUUUACGAUGCCUGUCGUAUUAUCCGAGAGCGCGUGCCUGAGGCUCAAAUUGGCCAAGCCUCUGAUUAUGGAUUGUUCCUGUCUGAUGAUGAUCCAAGGAAAGGGAUCUGGCUCGAAGCUGGCCGCACUCUGGAUUAUUACAUGCUUCGGAAUGGGGACAUCCUGGAGUAUAAGAAAAAGCAGAGACCUCAGAAAGUGAGAAUGCUGGAUGGGGCAGUGAAGACGGUCAUGAUUGAUGAUUCCAAGACCGUUGGUGAACUACUCGUCCCCAUUUGCAGUCGAAUAGGCAUCACAAAUUAUGAAGAGUACUCCUUGAUUCAAGACAUUGUUGAAGAGAAAAAGGAAGACGGAACAGCGACACUGAAGAGAGACAGAACACUGCACCGGGAUGAGAAGAAGAUGGAGAAGUUAAAAGCAAAGCUUCACACUGAUGAUGAUUUGAACUGGUUGGAUCACAGUCGAACCUUCCGAGAGCAGGGUGUCGACGAAAACGAAACACUGUUGCUAAGACGCAAGUUCUUUUACUCUGACCAGAAUGUCGAUUCCCGAGAUCCAGUGCAGCUGAACCUGCUGUAUGUCCAGGCUCGAGAUGAUAUUCUGAACGGAUCCCACCCAGUCUCCUUUGAAAAAGCCUGUGAAUUCGGGGGCAUUCAGGCUCAAAUCCAGUUUGGACCCCACGUGGAACACAAGCACAAGCCUGGAUUUCUUGAUUUGAAGGAGUUCUUGCCAAAGGAGUACAUUAAGCAGAGGAAUGCGGAGAAGAAGAUCUUUCAGGAACACAAGAACUGCGGGGAAAUGACCGAGAUUGAAGCAAAAGUUAAAUAUGUUAAGUUGGCUCGCUCACUCCGAACCUAUGGGGUGUCAUUCUUUUUGGUGAAGGAAAAAAUGAAGGGGAAGAACAAGUUAGUUCCACGACUCCUGGGCAUUACCAAGGAUUCAGUGAUGCGCGUCGAUGAAAAGACCAAAGAAGUGAUGCAGGAAUGGCCCCUCACAACCGUCAAACGCUGGGCAGCCUCUCCAAAGAGCUUCACUCUGGAUUUUGGAGAAUACCAGGAAAGCUACUAUUCUGUUCAGACGACAGAGGGUGAACAGAUCUCUCAGCUAAUCGCUGGUUAUAUCGACAUCAUCCUCAAGAAGAAGCAGAGUAAGGAUCGAUUUGGACUGGAAGGAGAUGAAGAGUCAACGAUGCUGGAAGAAUCGGUUUCUCCAAAAAAAUCCACCAUAUUGCAGCAGCAGUUUAAUAAGACGGGGAAGAUCGAGCAUGCGUCCGUGGCGCUGCCUGCUGUGAUGAGGCCGGGCGCCGGUGGGCCAGAGAGCUUCAACACGGGCACGAUGCCAGUUCCGCAGCAACAGAUCCUGAGUGGGCAAAUGCACCGGGGCCACAUGCCCCCACUGACGUCAGCACAGCAAGCAUUAAUGGGAACCAUUAACUCCAGUAUACAGGCGGUUCAACACGCUCAGUCUGACCUGACUGAGAUAGAUAAUUUACCCCCACUCGGGCAGGACAUGGCAUCCAAGGUGUGGGUCCAGAACAAGGUGGAUGAAUCGAAGCACGAAAUCCACUCGCAGGUUGAUGCGAUCACAGCAGGGACGGCCUCCGUGGUCAACCUCACGGCUGGAGAUCCUGCAGACACUGAUUACACUGCAGUGGGCUGUGCCAUCACCACCAUUUCUUCGAAUCUGACGGAGAUGUCAAAGGGUGUGAAGAUGCUGGCAGCUCUCAUGGAUGAUGACAUUGGCAGUGGGCAGGACCUGUUGCGUGCUGCGAGGACAUUGGCUGGUGCUGUGUCUGAUCUGCUGAAGGCAGUUGAGCCUUCAUCGGGGGAGCCUCGGCAGACUGUCCUGACAGCGGCUGGAAGCAUUGGCCAGGCCAGUGGAGACCUCUUGCGGCACAUUGGAGAGAGCGAGACGGACGAGCGAUUCCAGGAUGUGCUGAUGAGUUUGGCCAAGGCAGUGGCGAAUGCGGCCGCCAUGUUGGUCCUGAAGGCGAAGAAUGUGGCCCAGGUGGCCGAAGACACGGUGCUGCAAAACCGGGUGAUCGCUGCCGCCACACAGUGUGCCCUGUCUACCUCCCAGCUGGUCGCCUGUGCGAAGGUGGUCAGUCCAACCAUCAGCUCGCCCGUGUGCCAGGAGCAGCUGGUGGAGGCUGGGAAGCUGGUGGACCGCUCGGUCGAGGGCUGUGUCAAGGCCUGCCAGGCAGCUACGGAGGACACCGAGCUCCUGAAGCAGGUCAGCGCCGCGGCAAGCGUGGUUAGCCAGGCCCUCAACGACCUCCUCCAGCACGUGCGCCAGUACGCCAGCAGAGGGGAGCCCAUUGGGCGCUACGACCAGGCGACUGACACCAUCAUGACUGUGACCGAGAGCAUCUUCAGCUCCAUGGGUGAUGCAGGGGAGAUGGUUCGACAGGCGCGAGUCUUGGCCCAGGCCACGUCAGAUUUGGUGAACGCCAUGAGGUCAGACGCAGAGGCGGAGAGCGAUGUCGAUAACUCAAAGAAGCUACUAGCAGCUGCGAAGCUAUUGGCUGAUUCCACGGCGAGGAUGGUGGAAGCUGCAAAGGGUGCAGCCGCAAAUCCAGAAAACCAGGACCAACAGCAGAAACUGCGGGAAGCAGCGGAAGGCCUGCGAGUCGUCACCAACUCAGCUGCUCAGAACGCCAUCAAAAAGAAGCUGAUUAAUCGGCUUGAGAAUGCAGCCAAACAAGCAGCUGCUGCCGCAACACAAACUAUUGCAGCUUCACAGAAUGCAUCAUCGUCCAAUAAGAACACGGCCGCCCAUCAACAACUGGUCCAAAGCUGUAAGGUUGUUGCUGAUUAUAUUCCUCAGUUGGUGCAAGGUGUGCGAGGGAGCCAGGCUGAGCCUGAGAAUCUUAAUGCCCAACUCGCCUUGAUUAUUGCCAGCCAGAACUUCCUUCAGCCUGGAAGCAAGAUGGUCUCCUCCGCUAAAGCUGCAGUGCCUACAGUCGCUGACCAGGCCGCUGCCAUGCAGCUUGGCCAAUGCGCCAAGAAUCUUGCCACGAGCCUGGCUGAGCUCCGAACGUCUGUACAAAAGGCUCAUGAGACGUGUGGUCCCAUGGAAAUUGACUCCGCACUGCAGUCGGUGCAGACUCUGAGGAACGAACUACAGGAUGCCAAGAUGGCAGCAGCAGAUGGACAACUGAAGCCGUUGCCAGGGGAGACGCUGGAGAAAUGUGCACAGGAUCUGGGAAGUACGUCCAAGGCUGUUGGCUCUUCAAUGGCACAGCUCCUCACCUGUGCAGCUCAAGGCAAUGAACAUUAUACAGGUAUCGCUGCACGGGAAACAGCACAAGCUCUCAAGACACUGGCAUCAGCUGCUCGUGGUGUGGCAGCUUCGACUGAGAACUCUCCGGCUCAGAGCUCCAUGUUGGACACGGCCCGGGAUGUGAUGGACGGAUCUGCCCUGCUGAUCCAGGAAGCCAAGCACACGCUGGCUUCACCCGGAGAUGCUGAGAGCCAGCAGAGGCUGGCACAGGUGGCUAAGUCGGUCUCACACUCGCUGAACAACUGUGUGAACUGUUUGCCAGGGCAGAAGGAUGUGGACAUGGCACUUAAGAGCAUUGGAGAAUCCAGCAAAAAGCUGCUGGUCGACUCGUUGCCACCGAGCACCAAGAGUUUUCAGGAGGCGCAGAGCGAGUUGAAUCAAGCUGCUGCGGGUCUGAAUCAGUCAGCGGGGGAGGUGGUCCAUGCCUCCCGAGGGACUAGCAGGCAAUUGGCUGCUGCGUCCGGCAAAUUCAGCGAAGAUUUUGACGAGUUUCUGGAUGCAGGCAUCGAAAUGGCUGGACAAGCUCAGACAAAGGAGGGUCAGAUCCAGGUCAUUGGUAACUUGAAGAAUAUCUCCAUGGCUUCCAGCAAACUGCUCCUCGCUGCCAAGUCGCUAUCUGUUGAUUCUGCUGCACCCAAUGCCAAGAAUCUCCUGGCAGCAGCUGCCCGGGCUGUGACUGAGAGCAUCAAUCAGCUGAUUACUCUCUGCACCCAGCAGGCUCCUGGUCAGAAGGAGUGUGACAACGCUCUCCGAGAACUUGAGACUGUCAAAGGCAUGCUGGAAAAUCCCAAUGACCCUGUCAGUGACCUCUCCUAUUUUGACUGCAUUGAGAGUGUGAUGGAGAAUUCCAAGGUCCUCGGAGAGGCUAUGACAGGGAUCUCUCAGAAAGCCAAGACCGGUGAUCUUCCAGCAUUUGGGGAAUCUGUUGGCAUCGCCUCCAAGGCGCUGUGUGGCCUGACAGAGGCAGCGGCUCAGGCUGGUUAUCUGGUUGGGAUAUCGGAUCCCAACAGCCAAGCUGGGCACCAGGGCCUAGUGGAUCCCAUCCAGUUUGCUCGAGCUAAUCAGGCGAUCCAGAUGGCAUGCCAGAAUCUGGUGGAUCCAGCGAGUAGCCCAUCACAGGUGCUGUCUGCCGCCACCAUCGUCGCCAAACACACUUCGGCGUUGUGCAACGCUUGCCGGAUCGCCUCCUCCAAAACCGCCAACCCCGUCGCCAAGCGGCACUUCGUCCAGUCGGCCAAGGAAGUUGCCAAUAGCACUGCCAACCUCGUGAAGACCAUCAAGGCUCUUGAUGGUGACUUCUCUGAAGAGAAUCGAGACAAGUGUCGGGCAGCCACUUCUCCUUUAAUCGAGGCUGUGGAAAAUCUGACGGCGUUUGCCUCCAACCCUGAGUUUGUCAGCAUCCCGGCCCAGAUUGGAGCUGAGGGUGCUCAGGCCCAGGAACCAAUCCUUGCUGCUGCUCGCUCAAUGCUCGACAGCUCAUCGUCGCUCAUCAAAAGUGCCCGAUCACUCGCGAUCAACCCAAAAGAUCCACCCACUUGGUCCAUUCUGGCAGGACAUUCCCGUACAGUGUCAGACUCCAUCAAGAGCCUCAUCACCUCUAUCAGGGACAAGGCUCCAGGCCAGCGGGAGUGUGACAGCUCCAUUGACAACAUUAACAAGUGCAUCCGGGAGAUCGAGCAAGCCUCAUUGGCUGCAGUCAGCCAGAACCUGCCCACCAGAGACGACAUUUCCCUGGAGGCCUUGCAGGAACAGAUGAGCUCCACCGUGCAGGAAAUUGGGCACCUGAUUGACCCGAUAACCACGGCAGCUCGUGGAGAAGCUGCACAGCUUGGCCAUAAGGUCACUCAGCUGGCCAGUUACUUUGAACCGUUGACCCUGGCCUCUAUCGGUGUGGCAUCAAAGCUUCUUGACCACCAGCAGCAGAUGACCGUGUUGGACCAAACCAAGACCCUGGCAGAGUCUGCAUUGCAAAUGCUCUAUGCUGCCAAAGAAGGUGGUGGUAACCCCAAGGCUGUGCACACACACGAUGCGAUUACAGAGGCAGCUCAGCUCAUGAAAGAAGCAGUGGACGAUAUCAUGGUGACCCUGAAUGAAGCUGCCAGUGAUAUAGGAAUGGUCGGAGGUAUGGUCGAUGCCAUCGCUGAUGCAAUGAACAGACUGGAUGAAGGCACACCUCCGGAACCUGAGGGAAACUUUGUGGACUAUCAAACCACGAUGGUGAAAUAUUCCAAGGCGAUUGCAGUCACAGCUCAGGAGAUGAUGUCCAAAUCUGUCACCAGCCCUGAGGAGUUGGGUGGCUUGGCCUCCCAGGUGACCACCGACUAUGGCCACCUUGCGCAUCAAGGACGCCUUGCUACGGCCACAGCUGACACUGAGGAGAUUGGAUUCCAGAUUAAGACCCGUGUGCAGGACCUUGGUCACGGCUGUAUAUUCCUGGUACAAAAAGCUGGUGCUGUGCAGAUCAGUCCCACCGACAGCUUUACAAAGAGAGAGCUCAUCGAAUGUGCCCGUGCAGUGACUGAGAAGGUCUCCCUGGUUCUGUCUGCCCUGCAAGCGGGCAACAGGGGCACACAGGCCUGUAUCACUGCAGCCAGCACCGUGUCUGGUAUCAUCGGAGACCUGGACACCACCAUUAUGUUCGCCACAGCCGGUACUCUCAACGCGGAGAAUGAUGAGUCGUUUGCAGACCACAGAGAGAACAUCCUGAAAACAGCCAAGGCCCUGGUUGAAGACACCAAGUUCCUGGUGUCCGGGGCUGCCUCAAGCCAGGAGAAGUUGGCACAGGCUGCUCAGUGCUCAGUCAACACCAUUACCCAGCUGGCAGAGGUGGUGAAGCAGGGAGCAACCAGCCUCGGCUCCAGUGACCCAGAAACACAGGUGGUGCUCAUCAAUGCCGUGAAGGAUGUGGCAAAGGCUUUGACUGACCUUAUCAGCGCCACAAAAUGUGCGGCUGGCAAACCUGCUGACGAUCCAUCGAUGUACCAGCUGAAGAGCGCGGCUAAGGUAAUGGUUACAAAUGUCACGUCCCUCCUGAAAACAGUGAAAGCUGUGGAGGAUGAGGCCACACGAGGCACCAGGGCACUUGAGGGAACGAUAGAGAGCAUCAAACAGGAGCUGGCGGUUUUCCAGUCGAAGGAGGCACCAGCAAAGACCUACUCCCCAGAAGAAUUUAUCCGGAUGACAAAGGGCAUCACAACAGCAACUGCCAAGGCAGUGGCAGCAGGUAAUUCCUGUCGCCAGGAUGAUGUGAUUGCAACAGCCAACCUCAGCCGGAAGGCAAUCAUCGACAUGCUGACUGCCUGCAAGCAAGCUGCAUACCACGCAGAGGUGGGGGAGGAUGUCCGAAACCGAGCCUUACGCUUUGCUACUGAAUGCACUGUUGGCUACAUGGAGUUACUGGAGCACGUCCUUGUGAUUGUUCAGAAGCCCACAGCAGAGCAGAAGCAGCAGCUAUCUGGAUAUUCCAAGCGGGUAGCAGCAGCAGUUACUGAACUGAUCCAGACAGCAGAAGCCAUGAAAGCUGCGUACGGGAAACAUACAGCUGCGCACGGGAAACAUACAGCUGUGCAUAUGAAACAUACAGCUGCGCACGGGAAACAUGCAGCUGCACACGGGAAACAUACAGCUGUGUUGGGGAAACAUACAGCUGCGCAUGGGAAAGAUGCAGCUGCGCACGGGAAACAUACAGCUGCGCAUGAGAAACAUACAGCUGCGCACGGGAAACAUGCAGCUGCACACAGGAAAGAUGCAGCUGCACACAGGAAACGUACAGCUGUGCAGCGGAAACAUACAGCUGCGCAUGGGAAGCAUACAGCUGUGCACGGGAAACAUACAGCUGCACACAGGAAACAUACAGCUGCACACGGGAAACAUACAGCUGUGCAGACUGCAGGAAACGCAGUGAAGCGGGCGUCUGACAAUCUGGUCCGAGCUGCUCAGAAGGCCGCGUUCAACAAACCGGAUGAGGAGAACGUUGUGGUGAAAACACGAUUUGUUGGAGGAAUUGCUCAGAUCAUUGCAGCCCAGGAGGAGAUGCUGAGGAAGGAGAAGGAGCUGGAGGAAGCUCGCAAGAAGCUGGCACAAAUCCGCCAGCAGCAGUACAAGUUCCUGCCCUCGGAGCUGCGUGAGGAUGAAAGCUAAUUGUCAGAGGCUGGCAAGCCAGCGCGCAGGACGGAUCGCGGUCCCUCUCAGAACUUGAGCCACCUCCGACUGGAAAGCUGGUCGCUUUGUGGACCGUGGAGGCUGGGGGAUCUUUUGCAUCAUCCCGGAUUUACCCAAUUGUAGAUUGUAGUCAGAGUAUGUUAGUUUUAGUAUUGGCUUCCUCUUCUCCCAAGGCUUGCAUGCACUAAAUACUUAUCAGGGACGUUUACAAAGAUGAACAGGGCAAGACCAGGUCCUGUGCAGGAGGAAGAUGCUCACGCGCAGAGUUGUAUCUCGGAUGAUCUGAGCCUGCCUGCUCCAGUGAUGUAGGAAGAUGGGAACCCGUCCCGUGGAUAACUCUGUUAUCCACCUGAGCUGAGAAUUUUCCGAAGCCGCUUGGAGGGGUUGGGGUUGGGGUGGGGUGGGGGUUAAUCAGCAUCGCCGUCGUCGUUGUGGAGAGUUGUGUAGCGCUCAGCAUUGAACUGACCCCGACCCACUGAAGAGCAGGACGGCCAGCGCGGUGUGGAGUGAGUCCCCGUCUCUCCUCCCGGGACGGGAGCCUGUCCGAAAUCCUUUAUACCCACCCACCUCCUCCCUUCCCCCCCAUCCCCACCCCAGGAUUGCUUUCUGUGCAGCCAAUGGGUGACAUCCCAAUGAGGUUCACAUUUGGAAAAGGAAUGGUGAGAGAGCAAGAAAAGAGAGAAAUAAAGCAAAAGCCAUGUUGUGUUUACAAACCCGAGUGCUCGGUUGAAACAAAAUCUAGACGUGCACUAGAAAGGCAGUGUUCUUAAAAAAAAAAAGGGGGUGCAGGGAAAUUUCAAAGCACGGUUCCAAGCUCAUGUCAUAUUUCCAGGCGAUGAUCACCCCCUGGUGUCCCUCUCCAUGUCUGUCCAUUUCACCACAUUAGCUGCACAGUUGUUUGAAUUUGACUUUUCUACUGCCUGCAACAGCUGCCUCUGUUAUUCGUACUUAAACCACCAAGCUCCUACACACUUGUCUUUUUUAGGUAGUGUUCCUGAAGUCUUAAUACCCAAGGGAGCUGCUGGUCUGAGCAGCACUUGCCUCUGGGAUUGCCUUCUAUGUUUUCCUGUCUGAUUCCUUUGUCCUUCACUUGCAGCAGCAACCUGAAAUCUCUUCUGGAUAUUGCAUUCCAUGAACUACACCAAGAUGUAUUGUAAUUAUCAGUAAUAACAGACUUGCCAAUCUCCCAGCCAGGCUCUGUCAUCUCAGUGACAUGUUCGUCUAUAAGCUAGCAUUGGAAAGAUCCAAUCUCGUUUCUAAAGUCACAGAGAAGUUUGAACUUUUUUUUUCAAAAGAAGAAAAAAUGAAUGAAAUUUAAUGUACUGAAACUAUUCGUGACAUAUUCUCGUCGGCCUUUAGGUUUGAAUUGUUUUGAGAUGGUAUGUUUGAAAGGGAAGAUGUACCUGCAAAAUCGAUACGCUGUUUUCUUUUCCGUUUUGCAAGUUUCCAUUGGCUUGCUUGACUUCCUAUGAGCCAAAGUUUAAAUGAAGCGUCACUUAUAACUGCCAUGACAGAAUGUAUUACUGUAUGUAACAUAAACAGCUAAUUUAUCGGCCACAAAAACUAUUUUUUGUAUUCACAGAAAUAAAAAAAAGAUUUCAAAGGAAA